AUGGCGUCCCACGAGACUUGGUCAAUGUGUAUAGCUGACAACAGGACAGCACUUCAAAUCUCCAUCGCUCUUCUUCCUUCGUUUCCGCCACGAUUUGUCUUCCUCGUUGACGCCCCUCGUUUCUAUUCUACCCUUCUCCCCUUUGUGACAAACAACGAAGCUCCGAUGGAGAGAAACCACCCUCAUCUCCCUCAAAAAUGCAGCAGCUUCGCCUCCAUCGGCGACGAGAAGCACCGCGAGAUGGACCGCAACCUCUCCUUGGGCAAUAUCAAACUGGUGUAUGGCCACGAGAAGAAGGAGAGGCAAGCGGGGGACACGAUUCGAGAGGAGGGCGAGGGAGAGGAGGCAACAGAGAAUUCGAACGCGGAGCAAACCGGAGCCAGCCUCAGCGCCAUCUCCGACGAUAUCGACAAGUUCAUCGCCCUUCUUCUCUCCGUCGACGAAGGCGGAGAGAGGCCGGAGAUCCCUGAGUCUACCAUCAACAAAUUUGUGGAGUUGGUGGAGAAGGAGAUAGCCAAGUACGAGUCCGGCGAGGCGAAGUGGACUGGCGAGGAGGAGGAGGAGGAGGAACCGUCGCUUCUCCAUGCGAUUGAGAGGGUAUAUAAGCUGACGGAGGCGGCGAGCAGCUUCUCGUCGGAGACCAAUUACUUCCAAACAAUGAACCGUGCCGGUGUCCUGCUUCACCAAGCAAUGUGCCUGCUCGAGGACGAGUUCUACGCUCUGCUUCAGGAUCCACACGCAAGUAAGCCUGAUCCCGGGAGCUGCAGCACGAAGGUGAAAGGCCCGAUCUCGUCUGCUCAAGUCCAUGACUCUCCGGAACCCACUGCCUGCGAGUCGCCACUGCCGUACCCACCGGAGACAGUGCAGCGGCUGCGUAUGAUCGCGCGCGCUAUGGUCGGCGCGGGCUACUCGAUCGAGUGCUGCCAGGUGUUCGCAAUGGCGCGGCGCAACGCCUUCGACGCGGCUUUGCCGAGGCUCGGCUUGGAAAGGGUUAGCAUCGAGGACGUGUCAAAGAUGGCAUGGGAGUCGCUCGAGGGCGACGUAGGGUCGUGGAUCAAGGCCUUCCAGCACGCCACGACGGCCGUCUUUCCCGCUGAGCACGCUCUCUGCGAGGCCGUCUUCGCCGGCCAUCGCGACGUAUCCGAUCGCUUGUUCUGUGCCUUCGCGCGCGCUGCCUUCAUCCAGCUGCUCACCUUCCCGGAGGCCGUCUCCAUGACCAAGCGCUCCGCCGAGAAGCUCUUCAAGGUGCUUGACAUCUACGAGACGCUGCGAGAUGCGGCGCCGAGCGUGGAUGCUCUGCUUCCCAACGCGCCGGAAGCAGGGCGAGACCAGGGCUCCUGCGCGGAAUGGAUCACUGGUCCCAAGACGGAGAUCAUGGCGGUAAAGUGCCGAAUAGGGGAGGCAGCGGCCGCCAUCUUCUGCGACCUGGAGAGCAGCAUCAAGGCGGACAACAACAAGAUGCCGGUGCCGGGAGGCGCCGUGCAUCCGCUCACCCGCUACGUGAUGAACUACCUAAAGUACGCAUGCGAAUACAGGGCAACGCUGGAGCAAGUGUUUAGAGAGCACAAAAAGUCGGAUAAUUCGUCGGCCUACGACGAAGAAUGCAGCAGAAAUGGCGCCGCCGAGAACGAGGAGACUUUUUCGGUGCAGCUGUUGGAAGUGAUGAACCUACUGCACUCGAACCUAGAGGCAAAGUCGAGACUGUACAAAGACCUGGCGCUUUGCAACAUCUUCAUGAUGAACAACGGGCGGUACGUGGCGAAAAAGGUCAAAGGAUCGCCGGAGAUCCACCAGAUAUUAGGGGAAAACUGGUACCGGCGGCGAUCGUCAGAACUCCGGCAAUACCACAAGAACUAUCAGCGGGAGACGUGGUCGCGGGUGCUGACGUCCCUUCGAGACGAAGGGCUGACGACGCAUGGUAGGAGCGGCAGCGGGGUGGCGAAGCCGGUGCUGAAGGAGCGGUUCAAGAGCUUCAACGCCAUGAUCGACGAGAUUCAUAAGACGCAGAGCGCGUGGGUGGUGAGCGACGAGCAGAUGCAGUCGGAGCUCCGCGUGUCGGUGUCGGCGGUGAUCGUGCCGGCCUACCGCUCCUUCCUCGGCCGCUUCUCGCAGCACCUCGAUCCUGGAAGGCAGACCGAGAAGUACAUCAAGUUCGCGCCAGAUGACCUCGAGAGCCUGAUUGAUGGGCUGUUCGAGGGUAACCAAUCGGCCACGCCCAGCAAACGGAGAUCGUGAGAUAUCGCCGGCGACGGCAAGAGGAAGAAAGAUGUUAUAACGGCGCCCAUGUUAUAAUCGAUCGAUUGAUUAAUCUAUUUUUUGGGGGGUGCAGUAUCGAAAGUUAUUAAUUCUGUUGUUUCAUUUGUAAUCAAUUAAGAAGCUUU